GAGAUAAUGGGGAAGUUUGCCGGUGCAGUUAGAAAUUACAAUGCACAUCUUGUUGCAUACCCUGAUAUUAAAUGGCCUCAAAUUGCAGAGGAGUUCGUGAAAUCUCUUGGAUUAAGUUUCAAUCCCUAUGUGACUCAGAUCGAAACUCAUGACUAUAUGGCAAAACUUUUCCAUGCAAUUAUCCAGUUUAACAUCUUAAUUGAUUUUGAUAGGGACAUGUGGGGCUACGUAUCUUUAGGUUACUUCAAGCAGAUAACUAAGGCUGGUGAGAUUGGGUCCUCGACUAUGCCUCAUAAAGUAAAUGCCAUUGAUUUUGAAAAUAGUGAGGGCAAUCUUGGGAAGGCUAAUGGAGGUCUAUCCCAUUUAAGCAUAAAAUUACCUAUUUCUCGUUGGCAGGUAGAACUCUCUCUCUCUCUCUCUCUCUCUGACUUCUUUGCAAAGAUAUAUGAAAGCUCCAUUUUGAGUAAACAUUGAUUGGUAGUUUUUAGGUACCAAAAGUGCAGAAUGUAAGAUUAUGUCAUUGGGCAAUUAUGAUUUUCUUUGCAGAAUGUAAUAGUUUUGGUCAUCUAAUUUUAGUGGUGAUAGAGUGAGACAUGC